AGAGUUUUGGUAGAGGGUGGUGGGAAAAGAAAGAGAGAGAGAGAGAAAGGGAAAGAGAACUGAUUGAAGGUAUCACUUAGGAGGGGCGAUGAAGAGAGAGAGAGAGAGAGAGAGAGAGAGAGAGACUGGUAGAAAAAGGGAGAGAGAAAUGUUUGAAUGUUUCAGUUAGUGAGAGAGUUUCGGUGGAGGGGGCAGUGGUGGGAUAAGAAAUAAAAGAGAGAGAGAGAAGCAGUGUGCGUGUGUAGGGGAAAAAAUAUAAUAGAGAAGAUAUAGGGAUGAAAAGAGAGACAGAGAGAAAGAGAGAGUGUGAGUGAGUGAGAGAAGGUGGAGUGGAGAUGGUGAGUGUAGUUAAGAGGGACAAACAAAAUAUAUAAAAGGGUGUAGCGAGAUAAAACCUCGCAAACAUUCAAACCGAUUGCGGUUAUUCGGAUAGAUUAUAUAUUUUUCUGCGACAAAAUACUGCAGGGAAACCUUUGACUGACAUCACUUGUAUUAUGGUGCCUGCUUCUCUGCAUUUAGUAAAUUCUGGACUAUAAAGAAGAAGUACCAGUUUCUACAGCAGUAAAACUUUUGGAACUAAAAGAUGGAAUACAUUACUGUGGAUAAUUUCAUGGACAUGGAACUGUACAGGUUCCAUCUGAGUGAGCAUCAUAGCAUGGAAAGCAACUGGCCUCCAUUGUGCAAGGCUUGUAUCGAUUUGGAUGUAAAUAGUAUUAUGAAAUUAAUACAAUCAAACGUUGAUGUUAACUUAGCUUGUCAAGAUGGCAAGACACCUCUUCAUUUGAUAUGUGAUACACAACCUGAAAACAGUUUGUCUCUAAAAAUUACAGACUUGCUUAUCUCCAAUGGUGCAAACAUCGAUUCGGUUGAUAACGAAGGCAGCACUCCAAUCUGUAUCGCUUGUAAGAACAACAACAUUGAGCUAGUGAAACUGCUCUUGAAGUCUGGCUGUACAAUAAAUACCUCAUCAUAUCUAUUGAAUACACCAAUGAAAGUAACUUCUCGGAAUGCAAAUAACUGGUUUUGUUGCCAUGCUCAUUCGAUCUUUGCUGGUGAUGAACAAAAGACUAUUUAUAUGCCCCCACCCAUCCAUAUAGCCAAGUUGCUUCUGGAAGCCGAUGGCCAACAAUCAAAGGAAGCUACUUGUUUGCCCAGUGCCGUUCAGUUUUCUAAUUAUGACAUCGUUAAGGAUUUACUGGAAUCUGGAAUGUCCCCGAAUCUGAUCGAUGAAAAUGGCUGUACUGCAUUAGGGUGUGCGUGCAUGAUUGAAUCGGUGGACCCUAAAGUUGUUGAGCUGUUGCUACAAUAUGGAGCAAAUGUGAAUCGGGGUAGCAGCUGGAAGAAGCAGAAGCCCUUAAUAUUUGCAUUUGCGCACAAUGCUUUGGAAAAGAUAAAAAUAUUAUUGUCAUACGGAGCAUGGAUUACUUCCGAAGAAAUGACGGAACUUGUGUCUGUAAAUCUUUCAAAAUACAUUUUAGAAAACCCUGAAAUUGUUGAAAUUGACAGUGAGGAAUUUCUUUCUUGGAGAUUGUUAUUGGCAGCAGGUUUUUCCCCUACCCUCCAUGGUACUAUAAAUGUAACAGAUAGUUUGUUUACAAAACUUGAACAGAUUCAGAAAUGCAACAGCUACAAACAAGUGAUACCGUGGUUAACGUCUUUACUAUUUCCUGAACGAACGCUGAAAGAAUGGUGUCGCAUUAGUAUUCGGAGACAUUCGAAGGUUUCAAUAGAUGACAACAUCAAAAAACUUCACAUUCCUAACUCACUGAAAGAUUUUCUAUUAUUUAAUGAAUUUGAACGUAAUAAAUUUUCACAAUGAAAUUUCUAUUUA